UUACCGGCAUCAGGAAUCGACCAACGUUACUUUCCAUUUACCGUUAAUUUCAUCAUUUUCGGCAUGCCGCCUGUUCGAGUGCCCAGUUACAUCAGAUAGCCUAGGCAAAAUAUAUAAAGAUGAAUGCAAAGUGGAAGAAGCGGACGACUUACAUCACCAUUUGUACGUUUUGGUUCUUUGGAGGUGUUGAGUACGCUGUAAUUCUGCCUACACUAUGGCUAUAUAUCCAUGAGCGGUACAAUGCUGAGCAGUACUUUCUGGGUAUGAUACUGUCUGCAUUCAGUGUCACUGGGCUGUUUGCUGGGCCAAUCAUGGGGAGAUGGGGCGACAAAACCAGACAAACCAAACUUUUAUUGUUAUUUUCAAACUUGUGGGAAAUAGGAGGAAACAUUAUGUAUUUUUUGGGAAUAUCUAAGUGGUUUUUACUAGGCUCCAGGCUAGUGGCAGGUGUUGGCACUGGAGUUGGAGCUGCCAUCAUAGCAGAUGUGUCAAGGGCCACACAUAUAGAGGAGAGGACCUCAGUAUUAGCAACUCUUAUGAUUGCCAGACAAGUGGGCCUGGUUGUAGGUCCAGGUUUGAACUUAUUCUUACGUAAAUCUAACUUCACCAUUGGACCCUAUGUUGUGGAUGCUUACACAGCACCUGGGCUUUUCAUGGCCGUCCUGUGGACAGUCAUGCAAAUAGUUGUCCUAUUAUUCUAUCACAACUUACCAGAACUACCAGCAAUAAAACCAAAAAUAACCACAAACACUGACCCCCAGAUGAAUGGGGGAAGUUCAUCUAGUUAUGAAAGUAGGCCAACAAGUAACUUGCACAGUGUUCCAGAUAGUGGGAUUCAUUCUGAGAGCAGUUUAAACACAGACAGACCUCGGAGUAUUUCUCCCUCGGGUCUUGUUGAUCCAGGACCCAUUUAUGAGAGUGAACAAUUGCUGCGCGAGCAUGGCGAAUAUGUGAAUUCAGACAAUCCACAAAAUCAAUAUAUUGUUGAAGUGAAAAGUGCAACCAACCAAAAACUGACAUGGAGUUAUAUUAGACAAGAAUUUCUGCGAGAGGAAGUGGUCUUACUCCUUUUUGUUUCCUUUGUUAGUAUGUUCAUGCAGACAGGACUUGAGACAUUUGUGACACCUCUAACCAAAAGCCUUUUAAACUGGGGAGAGUUUGAAAACAGUAUUAUGUAUUGUUUAGCUGGUGUAGAGGUUAUAAGUGUUUUCAUACUGGUACAUUUCCUGAGUAAAAGGCUACAAGACCGAACAAUGAUUUUGAUUGGAUGUCUGGUGGAGAUUGCGUGCAUAGCUUUCAUGACCUACUACCUGCCCAUUGCUAAACCUGAAACACCACUGAUAUUACCUGCCUUAAUAUUGGGUAUUUUCCUGGAUGUGUUUGGGUUGCCUUUCAUGGCUGUUUGUGGCAUUUCUCUGUACUCAAAAAUUACACGUUUGGAAACACAGGGUUUUGGGCAUGGAUUAAGGCGCACAAUGCUGGGUUUAGGCACCAUCCUAGGUCCCCUGUGGUCUGGUGCUUUGUUAUCUAGGAUGUACGUAAUGCUGGGAGUGGUGCUGGGGCUUUUGGUGUUGGCCACAGUAAUGUUGCUGCUAUCAUUCCGCUGGUUAAAAGUUGAGAGGACAUCUCCAGUGCAUACACAAUCUGUGCAAGAAACAGAACAGGAGAAGGCUCCAUUACUCCCAGAUGCUGGUCUCCAAAACACAAUGAACAGUACAUAUGACACAGUUCAUGGAACAUCUAGCACAAUGAGCUGAACAUCUAACACAAUUAGGUGAACAUCUUGUGCAAUGAUUGGAACACCUGAUGCAAUGAAUGAAACAUUGAGCAUUAUUGGAACAAUUUUGAUUGCUAUGAUAAUAUUGUUUAAAUUUUAUUUUGGACAUCCUUUGCAAUAGAUGAGACUGCUGGAUCAAUACUUAAUUUUUUGUUGGUUCACAACAGAUGGCACAUCUUACACAAAUAAGGUCAGUGCAUGAUAGGAGUCUUGACAAAUGUCAUAAUUUAUGAUAAUCAUGACUGCAUUUUAAAGACUAAAUGCAUAUCGUCACCUUUAUGUGUUCCCAAUAUUUGUUUAUUUCCUCAAAUAAUUUGCUCUAAUUAAAACAAACCUCAUUUUUGAUAUUGAGACUUCUUCUUGGCGAUUCCCAACACAACCAUUCUAUUUUUUUUUCAUCAUUUUUCAUAUAAUUUAUGAAAAUGUUAAUACAGUAUUGUGUUCAUUUUUAUUCCUUUCACUGUGUAAGCAUUUUAACAUUUGAUUGCAAAUCGAACAUGCAAAUUGUUUUGGCUGUAUGCUUAUUAAUUAUAAUACUGGAUUGGCAAGCUUUUAAUACACUAUGUAGCUGUUAUCAAGAUAUUUUUGUACAAAAUAUUAAUAUUUUUAUUUAUUGGAGUAAGAAAAAGAAAAUUCACGUAUUCAACCAGAUUUCGUCAUGAGAUUAUCUUAUUGCUGAAAAGGCAUGACACUACGAGUAGAAGAAAUAAGAUGAGGAGUGAAAGUUGGCAAGUGGAAUUUGUUGUUAAGGAACUGCCAGUAAAUCAAUAAUACCCACCUUUUUAAGAGGAAAUUUGAUUGUUUUGUGUUGUCCAUUUUCAAGUUUCUCAGUGAGAAGGCUUGCCAUGUUUUUUUUUUCUUCUACAUUAUUCAUAUGUUUGAGAAAGCAGUAUCUUUGCGUUUUUAUCAUAUUGGUUUUGGAAACUGUUUUUGUUAUUCAAGUGUCAUCGUUAUAUAAUUGCAGUUUUUGUUCAGGAGUUGUGAUAUUUAUUUAUGCAUAUGUGCAUGUGUUAUGGUUGUUAAGGUGAAUUAAAAUUUUUUUGGGUGCAUUACAUAAAAAAAUCUUUUUACCAAUCUUUGACAUGCCAUAUGCCAAUUGUUUUCUAGUAUGUGAUGACAUUUUUUUAAAAAAAUGGUGAUGACAGUGCAAGUGGAACCCUGGUAUGGCUUCAUUAUAACAUUAUAACAGAUAUGAGCUGUGAGAACAGUGUUGGUGUUAUCCUAAUGUUACCUCCAUCUGUGAUAAUAAAAAAAAUGUCUAAAUGUAAAAUUUUCAAAUUUUUGAGUUUAAAGUAGUAUGACAUUUUACAUAUCAUCUUAUGUGUAUCCAUCUUGUUAUUGGUAGGCAUGGGUCUCCAUCACAUAUGUAUUAUUUUACCUGUCACUUGCUAGUUUAAGUAGCAUGGAGUAUGGUUAAGGAUGAUUCAAGUGAUUAAGAGACCCCCCCCACCUUCUUGUAUAAGCUUCUUGGGUGAAGAUUGUUCUUUAUCGAAUCAUAUCAAGUAUAAGUAUGCAUUUACAAGGCUAUAUACAUAUCGAAAGAAAUGUUUUUAUGAUGUAAUAAUGACGAAAAAAAAAUUAGUAUUUUUUUUUCUUCAGAUACUUGAAUCGUUUUUCCCUCACAAGUAGCAGACUCUAGGAACCAUUUAGUUUUUAUCAGUAUGUAUGUACGGUCACUAAUUUCUCUCUCCCACUUUUUGAUAUUGUAUGAAUAUGGCUGUUAAUGCUCAUAAUCAACUUUUAAAGUCAACUGAAAAGUCAAAAUUUAUUAGAGCAGUUCUUAGAUUGUAUGUGGAAGGAAAUUAUUUAUAUAAAAUUAUUGUAUUUAUUAUUAUUAUUUGUACAGGGUUUUACUUUCACAUAGUUAGCCAAGAGAUAAAGUUUCUAUAUCAUCUCUAUUAUAAUGCAAACCAGGAAUCAAGUAUCAAGGUACACAUUACCGGGUAUUAUUACAAAUUUCAGUAUAAAGGAGUCUGGAAAUUAAAAUCCAGUAGAAAUACCUCUAGUAAAUUUCUUUGGGUGAUAUUUAGUUUCGUUCAACGAUUCUAUAUAGGUAAUGCAGUCUUGAUUUUAUACUUAACCAGGGAAUAAAGUAUAGUUUGCUCAAUUAAAAUAUCUACCUUACUAUGAAACAAAAAUAAUAAGUUCAAAUAAAAUGCUGUGAGAACAAUAUUGUUUUAUUUAUCUAAUAUCUUACUUUUAUCUACAUACUGAUUAAAAGCCAACAUGACACUAACACAAAAACAUAGUGCCGUUGACUUGGCAAUGAUAUAAAUUCAAAUUCCAUAGGAUUACAACACUUGAGUCUACGGACCCCUUCAUGACCUAGCUUGUAAUACUAGUAACUAUAUUAUUACACAAAAUAAUAACUAAUCUUAUUAAAGCUUAUAGGAUUUCACUAAUUGGAAAAUGAGAUGUGAAGAUUUGGGAGAAAGACGUCAGAGAUAUAAUAUCUCUGUAAUGAAGCUCUUCAACAGGUUUGGUCUUUAUUAUCUGACCAUCAGCCUUUAUACUAAUUACCCUCACUGGGUAUGUAAGACCUUUUCAACUACAUCUAUUUUUUGUUCAACCUUCCAUAGAGUCCUCUAGAUUGCAAUUGCCUGUUACAUACCUCCCCCCUCCUCCCCA